GCGUUAUAAGCCUUCAGACAAGCUGAACCACUAGGGAGCGCAUAACUUUUGUCCUCGCAAAGUUCUCCAAUCAGUUGUUUAAUGUGGUUUUGGUUUUAACGAUAAAACUAUUUUAGCCUCGUAACUUGGCUAAGAUUCUACGAAAACAGGAAACCAUGUCAUUUGGUGUUUCAAGUACCUAAGUAAAAAUGAAGAUAGGAAACGAAGAAUAUACAUCAAGAUGGUACAGAGAAUAUGAAUAUGAAAGACUUCUUUAUGAACUGCAAACUGGAGAUUUGAUUGAAUUUGAAAGAGGGUUUUAUAAACAUUGGGCAGUGUAUGCUGGGAACAAAAAGGUUUAUCAUCGCGCAUAUCCUGAAGACGGUAACAGUUUUUGCAUGUUUAUUCAAAGUCAUAGUGCUUUAAAAGAUGUCUAUAGAUAUGGUGAAAUAGUUUUGGAAGACCUUCAGAGUGUGUGGGCAGACAGUGAAGCCAGGAUUAACAACAGUAUGGAUAGUAAACACAAACCAUCAGACUGGAAAACUGUUCUAGAAAGAGCAGAAAACAAAAUGAAUGAAAGCCAGCCGAGAAAGGACACUUAUAACGUGAUUUUCAACAACUGUGAACACUUUGCUUCAUACUGCCGCUACGGAAUAGGAUUUUCCAAACAAGUUGAUGACAUAAAGCAAAAUGUUUUGAUAGUGGGAGUAACAGUACUUACAGGUUUAGUUUUGGGAAAAGCACUGUCUGUAAUCACUGAUCAUACUGAUCGGAGAUCCCAGUGAAAGACUAACUUUCUAACCUUAAUUAGGUUUUGAUUCUGUUGUUCCCUCUAUUAUUAUUAAGUGAAUAUAAAGAAUUUUAGUAUUAUUAUAACGGAGGUAGUUAAAUUUUGUCCUAGUUGUCUGAGUUCUUCCUUGUCUAAACAUCUUGGACUUGUGACAUUUUCCAGGAAGGCUGAAAGUUAAUAUAUGUCAAUGUAUUUAACAAUCGAUUACUGUGGUAACAUAGUUUUUGUACAGGUAUGCUGAUUCCAUUUUCUCAUGAUAUCCAUAUGACCAUUUUCUUCAAUAAUGUUUUCUACCCUGUGUUUUAGUGAUAACUAUACAUUUGACCUUUGUUCUUGUUUUCUACCCUGUGUUUUAGUGACAACUAUACAUUUGACCUUAGCUGAUGUUUUCUACCCUGUGUUUUAGUGACAACUAUACAUUUGACCUUUGUUCUUGUUUUCUACCCUGUGUUUUAGUGACAACUAUACAUUUGACCUUUGUUCUUGUUUUCUACCCUGUGUUUUAGUGACAACUAUACAUUUGACCUUUGUUCUUGUUUUCUACCCUGUGUUUUAGUGACAACCAUACAUUUGACCUUUGCUAAUAUUUUCUACCCUGUGUUUUAGUGAUAACUAUACAUUUGACCUUUGUUAUUGUUUUCUACCCUCUGUUUUAGUGACAACUAUACAAUUGACCUUAGCUAAUGUUUUCUACCCUCUGUUUUAGUGACAACUAUACAGUUGACCUGUGCUAAUGUUUUCUACCCUGUGUUUUAGUGAAAACUAUACAUUUGACCUUUGCUAAUGUUUUCUACCCUGUGUUUUAGUGACAACCGUACAUUUGACCUUUACUAAUAUUUUCUACCC